AUGUUUCUUCAUUGGACUGAAUUUAAAUUAUCUCGUUUCAAAAUGUCUUCAGGAAGGCCUAUCAAAUGUGUGGUUGUUGGUGAUGGAACUGUUGGUAAAACUUGCAUGUUAAUUUCUUACACAACAGACAGUUUUCCAGGGGAAUAUGUGCCUACAGUAUUUGAUAACUACUCUGCACCUAUGGUGGUGGAUGGUGUAGCUGUGUCACUAGGUCUAUGGGAUACGGCAGGUCAAGAGGAUUACGAUAGACUGAGGCCAUUGAGCUACCCACAAACAGAUGUCUUCCUUAUAUGCUUCAGUGUAACAAGUCCAUCAUCCUAUGAAAAUGUCACAUCUAAGUGGUAUCCUGAAAUUAAACAUCAUUGUCCAGAUGCGCCAAUUAUUUUAGUUGGAACAAAAAUUGACUUAAGAGAUGACAGAGAAACUUUGAGUUUGCUCUCAGAGCAAGGAAUGUCUCCAUUAAAACGAGAACAGGGUCAGAAAUUGGCAAAUAAAGUUAGAGCUGUAAAGUAUAUGGAAUGCUCAGCCUUGACACAACGUGGAUUAAAACAGGUAUUUGACGAAGCGGUACGAGCUGUGCUAAGACCAGAACCUCAAAAGAGACAUCAAAGAAAGUGUUUAAUCAUG